AUAGUCGGUGAAGAUUAACUCGAGAAUCGCCAGCGGACGCAGAGUUCAGUUUGCUCAAUAAUUGUAAUCGAGGUUCGAGUAUGAGUGACCUUUUGGUUAAAGUUGAACAGGGGCUCCUUCGCGGUGCUGUGGUAAAAAGUGUUGUCGGAGAGUCUUACAUAGCAUUUAAAGGUGUUCCAUACGCAGCUCCUCCCGUAGGGAAAUUGAGGUUCAAGGACCCAGAACCCCUGCAACCAUGGACAGGCAUCCGAGACGCACUGGAAGAGGGACCAAAGUGCGCUCAGUUCAAUCUAUUCACCAAGUCGAUAAUUGGCGAUGACGAUUGCCUUUAUCUGAACUUAGCGACACCUUCACUAACGGGGUCACGACCCGUCAUGGUUUGGAUUCACGGAGGACUUUUUAGUUACGGUGACGGAGGUUCUGAUAUCUACAGUCCAGAUUAUUUGAUGAAGAUGGACAUCGUCCACGUCGGCAUUAAUUACAGACUUGGCAUCUUGGGAUUUCUUCAACUUGAGCACGAAGCUGCGUCGGGCAACAUGGGGCUUAAGGAUCAAAUCGCCGCCCUGAAGUGGCUGAAGGAGAAUAUUGCUCAGUUCGGUGGUGAUGCAAACAACAUCACACUCUUCGGACAAAGUGCCGGUGCUGUUUCUGCUCAGUAUCUGCUGCUAUCUCCACUCGCUAAAGGCCUCUUCCACAAAGCCAUCAUGCAGAGUGGAGUUCUCUCAGUGCCCUGGGCAUGUGUGUCAGAGCCAUUGAAAAUGGCACAUCGUUACGUCGCUGCUUUUGGCAAAGAUAUCACCGACCAGAAUGAGAUCGUCGAAUAUCUUCGUACUAUUCCAGCCCAUAAGCUUAUUGAGAUGCAGAUGAAGAUAUCAACCCCAGAGGAAACAAUAAAUCUUGUACUUCCGUUUGGACCGACCGUGGACAACAAAAGCAUGCGACCUUUGAUGCCCAAGCCCAUCGAAGAACUUGCUCAAAAAGGUAUCGACGUUCCCGUUAUUAUCGGAUACACCGCUCACGAGGGAGCUAUUUUCUUUUCGCGCGAUUUUCAACCGGAAUAUGCAAAACUUGAUAAAAAUUUUGAGGCCUCGGCGCUUCGACCCUUGACCGCAAAAGCGCCAUCCAAAGCAGCGGUAAUCCUCCAAGAGAUCAGGAAGUUCUACUUCGAUGGUAAGCCUGUGACUAAAUAUCCCGCUGCCAAUUACGCGCGGUACAUAGGAGACCUACAAUUUAUCCGGGGAGUUCACAGGAUGGUGGAUAUUCAGCGUGAGAAAAAAUCUCCGACGUAUCUUUACAGAUUUGCCUAUGACAGUCCUACGUCAGUCACGAAGAUCAUGUACAACGUAGAUGAGAAAGAUGUUAUCGGUUUCGGGGUUUCACACGCUGAAGAAAAUCCGUUUCUGUUUUAUCCGUCAAUGUACCGCGAGCACGUGAAAAUGGAGCCUGGCUCCCCUGACCAAAUUGUUAGUGACAGGUUGAUCAGACUAUGGACGAACUUUGCAAAAACUGGUAAUCCAACUCCACUGAUCGAUGAUUUGAUAACUACGGUAUGGAAACCAGUGACCAAGGCAACCAAGAACUAUUUGGAAAUCAAUGAAGAACUUUUCACUGGUGAGGAUCUCGAUGAAGAAAUGUGUGAGACGUGGAAACGCAUCGAAAUGGUCUCCAAUACCUCAUCUGAGCGUUUCCAUCCCGGGAGAAGUUAGGAGCAAGAAAUUAUUCCUUCGAGCCCAGAUAUGUCUGAGGAGUUUGCGAAGUCUACCACCAAACAGACGGUCAAGUGAUUGAAUUACGUAGCUGCAGAUAAUCCUCGGCCGCCUCUCGAUACCAUUCUUAAGAAAAAUCAUAGCUUGGUAUAUUUCUAUCAUUUUCAGCAAUCUUUUUCACGUUGAACGUAUUUGAAAAUAUUCUUGCUCUUUGUCAACGAUUUCUGUUUGGGAACCCAACAGUUAUAUUUUUCUCUGUUGUAAUUGAAUGAAUAA